CCAUCUGAACGUUAAUUUUUGUUAAGAGUCGUGGUCUGACCCAUCCCGACAGUAACAGCUUUGUGACAAGACAUUAACUUUCGGCGGUUAGGACGACGUUACAUCGUAUUACGAAAAGCACCAGGCUACAAAAAAACGUGAGGACAGCAAGAGCUCCUACUGUCCCCCACCAACACUAAAAAUAUUUAUUUUAUAGCAUAAAGCAUAUGUGCGAAAGCGAAAACUUGAUUACGAUAAAAAUUGGCGUCAGUUCGCCAAACGGACGUUUGGGUAAACUAUAAAUAUCAAUAAAUCUGUGCUUAAAACAUAGUCAAACGCUAUCCUAACUUUUGUAACUAUUUCCGUUGAUUCAGGUUACUGCAAAAACACAUAUAUACCAAAUUAAUUUUAAUUGAACAACAUAAGUGUCUAUUACAACCGCAAAAAAAUCGUCUAAGUGCUUUCGAAGUAGGAAUUUUAAUAAUUACAGCAAGCAAAGUGUUUCCAGGUUUAGGAAUUUUUUUCACCUGGAGGUAAAAAACUUUUUGCGGUUUGUAAAAUCUUAACAAACACUCUUACAAAAGCAUCGAAAUAGGCACGCAUAACUGCGAGAUUACAAAAUUACGCUGUUUUUUUAAUAUUUCAGCCAAAAUCUAUGCAGGAAAACGAAUAGUUAUGUUUAUUGUAUCAGUUUCUGUGAGGUAAGGAAUUUUGCUGACGAAAAUAUUAAGUUAUUUAUGUCACAAUUCUGAUUCCUACAUGACUCGCUCAAUGACGUGCGAUCGGUACCUGCGUACGCAAAGGGUCGUUUCGCCUAACACCUCGGUCGCAAUAUUAGCGCAUAUACACCUGAGGGCAUGAAAACCAGUACCUCGCACUUUCAUUUUGGGUAUAAAUAGAUAACUUUCUCACAAGGCUAAAUUUAAGCUAAACGGGUUAUAACGUUUGCAAUCUAUAAAUUUGUGUGCAAAAUCCCGAGACAAGCAGUUUCAGCUAUUUAUGAGAAUUUGGUUCAGUACUUCAUGUUUAUUUGAGAAUUAAUUCAUAUUAUUUGCUCUAGCAUGAAUAAGGCAAGCUUUGCAACGUUGUUGCUUUUUGUCAUCAUUUUAAAUAUCCAAGAUACAAACGGACAAUGCAGUCUAUCGGAAUUCGUCGUGUUCGAUCCAGAAAGCCCUGGUCCGUACAUUUCAUGUUUGAACGACCCAUGCAAUGAAAUAAGCGCAGAAGUUUCGGUCGGUGAAUGCGCGACAAAAUCUCACUGUAUUGUUCACGACAAUAAGUGCUAUGCGAAAAAACGAGUUGUACAAGUAGUUGGAGACAACUUUGGAUUAUCUGAAGUCCUUCAAAGUAUAAACUCAACAAACUCAACCGCACCAACAACAGCAAUACCAGAUAAUACAGACGAAAGGCUUUUUCCACUUGGUGGUCUAGGUUCGUUACCCGGCCAAGGGGGAACCGGUUUAACCGGCUUACCCAGCUUAAACAAUUUGCCAGGCGGCCUUGGAAGUGGUUUACCCGGAGGUUUACCUGGAGGUCUUCCAGGUGGUUUACCUGGCGGUCUUGGAGGCGGCUUGACUGGUGGAUUGCCUGGUCUUGGUGGCGGUCUACCUGGAGUGCCAGGUGUCGGUUUACCUGCUGUUAUACCAGGUUUACCAACUCUAUGUCAAUCGUCGUUCCCAGCCACAUGUGGAAUAAACGCACAGUCUCCUAAUUUAGUUCAACUAAUGGAGUCCCCUGUCAAUAUUCCCUACUGCUUAAGAAUCCCUUGUUCAACUAGCAACCCAAGUUUAGAAAGCAACAGAUUUUCUUGCACCAGCGUCCCUGGGUGCUAUUUUGACUUAGGUCUUUACAAUCUAAGACGACAGUACGGCCCCCAUCGUAUUAUGCCUGGUGUACCAGUCUGUCAUCUUGCAAUUAGGAACAAAAAGUUCCAACUGCUGGCAAAUAACUACGUACAAACCAGCCGUAAACCAUGGAUAGGUGUAUACACCCAAUGCUUUAUCAACGAAAAUAGAAAUGAGAUAUAUUCUCUGGCUUCAGGCUGUUAUCAAAUCACGCUGAUGAAAUACACGGGAUUGACUCCAAGAAUUGCUGGCUGGGAAGGUAUUACAUCUGGAGAAUGUUAUUUGAUUGGUGGCUGUCCCAUGGAAGGGGGGUGUUUUCAAGCUGCACAAUUACACAGUGCCCAAGUUCGUGCCGCAGAAGACACAUCCCGUCAAAAUGCUCUGACUGCAUACAACUAUUUCGGCCAGCCGAAGUGCCUUAACUACAAUCCAACAACACCGCAAGAAUACUUGGACGGUUAUCAUCAAUGUAGACAAGCUGGUUGUGUGGUUGACCCAUCAAUUACUACGAAUGUACUUAAGCAACAGCUUUAUCAGAUUGCAUUAACUUUACCUACUCACCAACAAAUACCUUUCUGGCGUGGUGUGUUAAGUGGCCAAAUAAGAGCUGACAACUACAAGCAGCAUAUAGGACCAAGCGCUUGUUCGAACUUGGUCAAUCCAGUUGUAAAUGUACCAACACCAAUCGCACCUUUUUCUUUGGAAAUGAGAACCAAUCUGGGUUUACCUCUUGGCGGUCUCUUACCUGUCACGACACCACAAUGUCCCUUCCAGAGUUAUCAAGGUCUUUUAACUGGAAGUAUCACCGGUUGCUGCCAGCACAACAAAUGCUAUAUCCCAAGAACGGCCAUUUUAAGAUCGGCUUCAGGUGUUGCAGCAUACCGUACUGAGUGGGGAGAAUUCUCAGCUUGUACUGUCAGCUGUGGUGGCGGGACACGAAAAAGAAGCAGACCAUGUGUGAAAUUUAAUCAAAAUGACACUUGCGAUUAUCAAGCUGAAGAAGCCCACAGAUGCAAUGUAGAUGCUUGUCCUCAGUUUGGAAACUGGGGAGGGUAUGGUAGUUGCUCUGUUACUUGUGGAGGUGGAACACAAACCAGAACCCGACCUUGCUUACCUGAAGGUAGCACCUGUUCAGAUGACGCUCAAGGAGGAGAUUCUCAAUCGCGACCUUGCAACCAAAUGCCAUGUCCGGUAUAUUCUGAAUGGGGUAAUUUUGGAGACUGCAGUGCUCAUUGCGGAAUUGGACAGAAAAAUCGAACAAGAACAUGCUCUGUUCUGCCAGGAGGCACAGCAUGCCCAGUAAAUUCCAUAAUAGACAUACAGCCAUGUGAAGUGUUUUGCGGAACUUGCGAAGACUCGCUUGGUUCUUGUCAGUCAUUUCCCAGUUGCUACCAGACCCGGUCAAAAGUUUGUCAACCAGACGAACAUGGCGGAGCUCAUUGCAGCGAUUGUGAUGCAAGACAAACAUACCAGCGUUGCAGUUCAUCAAAUAACGACUUAUGUGUGUAUUGUACGAGCGUGUUUGCAUUCUUGUACCAGUGCUCUCCCUUGCCACCGCAGUAGUGUAUUGGAAUAGUAUAGUAGGAUGGGGGAAGACGGGACACCUUCGGCGCAUAAUAUCCGAAUAUUCAGAUCGUGUUUUAAACAAUUAACAACGGUCUAUGGGAGUCUUGAGCGUAAAGUUUUAUAAUUCUCCGAAAGUUCCUUGUUUACUACCACAUUGGACGAGAAAGUAGAGUUAAAAUGUGUCCCAACUUCCCCCACCCUAUUAUAUGUAUAAAUGUAAACUUAUUGCCCACGACUAGUACGUUGUUAUUUAUUUAUGUAUAAUACAAUGACACACACUUUGUGUAGCAGGUUAGGGCUAGAC